UCCCGCUUGAACUCACCAUGACCAGCAGGGAUUUCAGAUAUCCGUCGCCCGCCGACUCGCACGACUACGUAUAUGGUUUUUCAGACCACAUUCGCCGUAAACACGGCGAACUAAAUGAGGGCCUUGAAACUUCUCACCGGAUACGUCUACCUAUACCAGAUAUCCGGUUCGAACAGACAUACCUUAGCCGCGUGCAGACGUGCCUUCAUGUGGAACAAAUAGCGGGAAGACGAGGCGGUGUCGACUCUCCGUUAUCCACUGAUGACCCGUUCACUGCUGCUACACACGUUUCACCAGUCAUCACUUCAUCACAACAAAUUACACGCAUCGACUGGGGAAAACUAGGUUGGAUCACGGUUCGCGAUCAAGUAAUUAUGCCGCUGCUGCAAGGGAUGCUUUGGGGUAUCAUUGGAACAUACUACCACCCAUUUGUUGGCGUUAUGAAGAACAGUCUUCGCAGUAAACCUGCUUUACCCAAUCCAGUGGAAGGGGAAGGUGUGGGAUGGUUAAGGAACUGGGCAAAGAAAUCGGGUCUCGGACAGCUUACAAUUGGACCUGCUAGUACAACUCUAAGGUUGUAGUUUUUUAUAUGCAUUUGGCGAUUCAUGACCUUCCAUUCAUCCUGCACACUGACAGUAUGUUCUCUUUACAGAAUUAUCCCCGACUCAGCCCCUCAGUAUCAAACGCUUUGAACAUUGGGAAAAUCCCCGCCUUCUGGGAUGGUAUCAGAGUGUCGGUAGCAAUGAAGUCCUCGUUCAAGGGGCCUUGUU